CACAGAAUGUCUGCGAGUCAAGAGAGCCGCUCCCGAGACAAUGGCCCGGACGGUAUGGACCCCGACGGCGUCAUCGAGAGCAACUGGAACGAGAUUGUCGACAGCUUUGACGAUAUGAACCUGUCGGAGUCCCUCCUGCGAGGAAUCUACGCUUACGGUUUUGAGAAACCCUCUGCUAUCCAACAGCGAGCCAUUCUCCCUUGUAUCAAGGGGUAUGACGUCAUCGCCCAGGCCCAGUCUGGCACUGGGAAGACCGCCACCUUUGCCAUCUCCAUCUUGCAGCAGGUUGAGUUGGACCUGAAAGCCACCCAGGCCUUGGUGCUGGCCCCGACUAGGGAGCUGGCUCAGCAGAUCCAGAAGGUGGUCAUGGCUCUGGGGGACUACAUGGGGGCCUCCUGCCACGCCUGCAUAGGGGGGACGAACGUCCGGGCUGAGGUUCAGAAGCUGCAGAUGGAAGCGCCCCACAUCAUCGUGGGGACCCCCGGGCGGGUGUUUGACAUGCUGAACAGAAGAUACUUGUGUGAGUACAUUCCUGGGGCUCCCUCCGAAUGGAAGCUGGACACCCUCUGCGACCUCUACGAGACCCUGACCAUCACCCAGGCGGUCAUCUUCAUCAACACCCGGAGGAAGGUGGACUGGCUGACGGAGAAGAUGCACGCCCGGGACUUCACCGUCUCGGCCAUGCACGGGGACAUGGACCAGAAGGAGCGUGACGUCAUCAUGAGGGAGUUCCGCUCCGGAUCCAGCCGGGUCCUGAUCACUACUGAUUUGCUGGCAGGUGCCAAAGUCCAGGUGAUACGACCUCUGGCAGGUGUCCCAGCCCUGGCGAAAGGGGAGGAUCGGUUCCAAGGGUCGAACCCAUUCCGGUAG